GAUCAAGCACUGGUGCUCAUGUGCGCAGCGCGAGGCUCGAGCCGCCAAAGCAGGGAAGCAGAGAGCAAGCUUAAUAAGCAACCGCGUUUCCCAGAUUCCUUGGCACUGCAGCAGCUGCGUCCAAGCUUGCUAGGUGGUGGCGGCAGCAGCAGCCUGCGCCUAUGUACACUGCAAUGGCAGCGCGACCGCUGCUUCUUCCCCCUCCGGUCCUCCUCCUCCUGGUGGUGCUGGCUGCUUCGUCGGCCGCCCAUGGCUACGGCGCCUACGGCUACGGCGACGCUGCUGCUGAGCUCAGGGUCGGGUUCUACAAGGACUCGUGCCCGGACGCCGAGGCCGUCGUCCGCAGGAUCGUCGCCAAGGCCGUCCAAGAGGACCCCACGGCCAACGCGCCGCUGCUCAGGCUCCACUUCCACGACUGCUUCGUCCGGGGCUGCGACGGCUCCGUGCUCGUCAACUCCACCAGGGGGAACACGGCGGAGAAGGACGCCAAGCCCAACCACACGCUGGACGCCUUCGACGUCAUCGACGACAUCAAGGAGGCGCUGGAGAAGCGCUGCCCGGGGACCGUCUCCUGCGCCGACAUCCUCGCCAUCGCCGCCAGGGACGCCGUCUCGCUGGCCACCAAGGUGGUGACCAAGGGCGGCUGGAGCAGGGACGGCAACCUCUACCAGGUGGAGACCGGCAGGCGGGACGGCCGCGUGUCCAGAGCCAAGGAGGCCGUCAAGAACUUGCCGGACUCCAUGGAUGGCAUCCGCAAGCUCAUCAGGAGGUUCGCUUCCAAGAACCUCAGCGUCAAGGAUCUCGCUGUUCUCUCAGGCGCCCACGCGAUCGGCAAAUCGCACUGCCCGUCGAUCGCCAAGCGGCUGCGCAACUUCACGGCGCACCGGGACAGCGACCCGACCCUGGACGGCGCGUACGCGGCGGAGCUGAGGCGGCAGUGCCGGAGGCGCAGGGACAACACGACGGAGCUGGAGAUGGUGCCGGGGAGCUCCACCGCGUUCGGCACGGCCUACUACGGCCUGGUCGCGGAGCGGAGGGCGCUCUUCCACUCCGACGAGGCGCUGCUCAGGAACGGGGAGACCAGGGCGCUCGUCUACCGCUAUAGGGACGCGCCGUCCGAGGCGGCGUUCCUCGCGGACUUCGGGGCGUCCAUGCUCAACAUGGGCAGGGUGGGCGUGCUCACCGGCGCCCAGGGGGAGAUCAGGAAGAGGUGCGCCUUUGUCAACUAGCUAGCGAUAUGCUGGAUUGUACUUUGUACCCUCUCGCCUUAAUUAAAAUUUAAAUGCUGGAGUUUCACCUAGUCUCGAGAGAAUCUUCCAUUUUUACUACUACAUAGAUAAUAGAUUUAGGAACGUUUCUAGGUUUUAUAUGAUUGUGAAACGUUUGGGCUGAGCUCAUCUGUAACUGUAAACUCUGAUGGAAUGCGAUAACGUGUUCCAUAUUGUGUG